AGAAAGAGGAUGGAAGGCAGACACCAAAACAUCAGCCUAACAGCCCCUCUGCUUGUUCCUUAAAGGUUUUCCACUUCAGCACAAUGAUACUGCCCAAAAAAAUGAGGCCACUGCUAUUCUUGGUUUCCCAGAUGGCCAUCUUAGCUCUAUUCAUCCAUUUGUACAGCCACAACUUCAACUCCAUGUCUACGAAGGAGGAGCCCGAGCCCAAGCCCGUGCACGUGCUGGUCCUGUCUUCGUGGCGCUCUGGCUCUUCUUUUGUGGGCCAGAUUUUUGGGCAGCACCCGGAUGUCUUCUACCUGAUGGAGCCCGCCUGGCAUGUCUGGAUGACCUUCACACAAAGCACUGCCUGGAGGCUGCAUAUGGCAGUGCGGGAUCUGAUACGUGCCGUCUUUCUGUGUGACAUGAGUGUCUUUGAUGCCUACAUGAAACCUGGUCCCCGAAAUCAGUCCAGUCUCUUUCAGUGGGAGGGCAGCCGGGCCUUGUGUACCCCACCUGCCUGCAACAUCUUCCCACGGGAUAAGAUCACCUCCCAGGCUCACUGCAGGCUUCUGUGCAAUCGACAGCCCUUUGAGGUGGUGGAGAAGGCCUGCCGCUCCUACCGCCACGUGGUGCUCAAGGAGGUGCGCUUCUUCAACCUGCAGGUGCUCUACCCGCUGCUGAGAGACCCCUCCCUCAAUCUGCACAUCGUGCACCUGGUCCGAGAUCCCCGGGCGGUGUUCCGUUCCCGAGAACGCACCACAGGGGAACUCAUGACUGACAGCCACAUUGUGAUGGGCCAGUAUUGGCAGAAACUCAAGAAAGAGGACCAACCCUACGGGGUGAUGCAGGUGAUCUGCAAAAGCCAGCUGGAGAUCUACAAGGCUGCGCAGUCCUUGCCCGAAGCCCUGAAGCAGCGCUACCUGCUCAUGCGCUACGAGGACCUGGUCCGGGACCCCCUGGCCCAGACUGCCCGAAUGUAUGAAUAUGUGGGGUUGAAAUUCUUGCCCCAACUCCAGACCUGGGUACACAACAUCACUCGAGGCAAGGGCAUGGGUACUCACGCCUUCCACACAAAUGCCAGGAAUGCCCUCGACGUCUCCCAGGCCUGGCGCUGGUCCUUGCCUUAUGAAAAGGUCUUCCGACUUCAGCAAGUCUGCAGUGAUACCAUGAAUUUGCUGGGCUACCGCCUUGUCAGAUCUGAGCAAGAGCAGAGAAACCUGUCGCUGGAUCUUCUGUCUACCUGGACCCCCUCCCAGCAAGUCUACCAAGAGGGCUGAGGAGGCUCUGUUCCUACCUGGCACCAGCCUCAGCCACGUUGACUGAAGGCUGCUUCUGAGCCUUAAUUAUGACUCUUUUGGUGUACAUGUGAGUAUGAGCAGUGCCCACACAUGCUCAGCCGAGAAAUCUUUGUGUCUCUACUUACGUCUAGGAAAGAGAUUCAGAAACCUUACAUGAGCGGCACAUUCCACCACUGAAAGCCACUUCUUGGCUUUCCUAUCUAUGUAUACCUCGGAGACUUCAUGGCCUGGGGUCCUGUUUGGCACCAUGCAGUAUCAAUGGAGUAAAUCCAUAAACUUCUCUGUUCUCAUCUUGCCCAAUGGGAAAGGGGUGAGACAGGAAAAACCAGGGAAAUGGGACUUCCACCAAAGAGCUCGGCAACACUUUCCACAGGGGUAUGAACUCUGAGCCCUUGGACUCCCAGUGGAUUCAAAAAGGGAAUGGGGAACAGGGAUGGAUGCUUACCCGUGAGCGUGGCCAUCACAGCUAUCAGUUAUCACAAAUACGAAAUAAAAUCUCUGCACAACAGAGCAAGCUCUUAAGUUCAUGGGGGGCUGGGCCCGAUUUGGAUGUCAUUUCCCCUCAGUGUUUUCCCAUCACAGAGGAUUUUGACCUGUGAAGCUGUCAUCCGUUAACACUAAAAUUUCA